CACAGGGUGCAGAGCGGCUACGGCUCCUGAACCAGCUCACCUGCACGCCACCACCACGCUUCUCAAUCGCGUGGAAAGUUGGAGGACUAAUUUAUCAGAUAUCGCAUGUGUUCACGUGCGACUUGCCGGGUGGUUUGUAUCGCGGUAAAUCCACCACUCUAUGAAAAAGAAGAAGAAGAAGAAGAAAACCAGAUAGCUGCGCCUGUCAUGAGAUCUCUUUGAAAAGCAGAGAUUGUUGAGGACUUUUUUUUGCUCGUUGGCUCGUUGAAGAAAUGAUUCCAGCCUGAUAAAGAGGAGACGGUUGUAUUUUGAUGUCAGUAUUGGAUGAGAGCCGCAGCGCUGUAUCAGAGAAAUAUGGGGACGAUGCUGACCGUGCGUUCGUGUCUGUGAUGGCAGGUGGUGUCGCACGGAAUACAGCUGAUUUGUUCUAAAUGGAGAACUGCUCAAAGAGGAUAAAUUGCGUGCAAAGUUGUGCGGCUUUCUGCUGAGGGAGUUAUCCAGCGCCCCCUCCCACAACCCCACGAAUAAACAUGAGUCCACGGCGAGACAUGGGGCCGCUCCGCUGCGUGGGAUUCACCGCGUUUCUCCUGUGCACAGUGGUGGAUAGCAAGGUGAUCCUGGAGGGCCUGCAGAGGUAUGGCCCCACGCCAAUCUAUCUGCCUGUCAGCUACCGGAUCCUCAAUGCUGAGUCAGCGUUCUUCCUACAGGAGGCAAACCAGGACUUAAUGAGGAACUCCAGCCUGCAGGCUCGCACUGAGUCCUUCUUCAUCCACCAGGCCCGGCAGAUGCCCUUCAUCAAUGCUAGCUACGGGCCGCUGUCUGUCCAGCAGCCCGUCCCUCUGGAGCUGCUGCAGACCGUCCCGGGGCCAUUUAACACCCCCCCCUUCACGACGUCAUCAGUGGCGACAUCGGCAUUAUCAUCGCCUCUCUUCACAUUCAACUGGAAGGUCCAUACCUAUAUUAUCAGUGAGAGGAUUCACCCCAGUUGGCCAAAGGUUCAGGUGUUGUUCUACAUUGCAGGGAGGGACUGGGAUGACUACAGCGCCAUCCACAAGCUGCCCUGCGUCCGGAUGUUCGCCUUCCACGAGACUCAAGAAGUGCGCGGAACAUGCAGGCUAAAAGGCGAGCUGGGGAUAUGUGUUGCCGAGCUGGAGCCCCUCGCCAGCUGGUUCAGCCUGCCCACUGUUAGACCGGGAAGGCAGAGGGUCUCUGAGCAGGCCCAGGGCACUCCUGUGGAGCUCUACUACAUGGUUCAAACCACGGAGAGCGGAGACUGCAGCUCGGAGGAUUCAAGAAAGGGCAGCUCCGGUCACGCAGACCAGCAGAGGCCGAUGGGCUACUUCGCAGGGCACACACCUAUGCAGCGCAUUGGGAGCGUCAGGCUGUUUCAGCCGCUGGCGGAGCUAAAGCUGGACAAUAACUUUGUGGUGAUGGCCCCCUCCAAACCCAUCCGGCAGAGAGAGACAGUCACCACUUUUCUGGCUCUGUCCACGCUUUCUUCAGUGCCAAUCUUCACCCUCAGGGUCAAGCUGAAGGACGGGGUGGCGUUUCUGGGAGCUAGAGCCAGUAACCCUGUUGUGUGGACGGUGAGUCAGGAUGUCAGAAGCGAAGGUCACAGGGUUGUGACCCUCCACUGUCGGAGGAAGGAGAACAGUUUCAGUCAAAGAGUCGAGGCACCAGGCUACCAGCGAGUGCUGCAGGUGGACCUGGAGGUGAACGGGCUGAUGAUGACUCAGGGCGGGAGGGAGGUGACGUGGCAGGUGGAGUAUCCGCUCACCCGUACUCUGACCAGUGAGGUGCCGACUCUCAUCCGUCUGGCACCGCAGGACCUGGGUGGCAUUGUGCCACUAGCCAUGGACACGGAGAUCCUCAACACAGCUGUCCUCAACGGGCGAACAGUUGCCGUGCCAGUAAAGGUAGUCACCGUAGGAACAGACGGAGCGGUCUCUGAUGUAACAGAGUCAGUGGAAUGCAAAUCAACAGACGAACAGGUUAUCAAGGUGUCAGAGCGAUGCGACUACGUGUAUGUCAACGGGAAGGAGACAAGAGGGAAGAGCAGGGUGAUGCUCAACUUUACCUACAGUUUCCUGAGUGCCCAGCUGGAGAUGAGCGUGUGGAUGCCCCACCUGCCCUUGCUCAUCGAUGUGGCCGACCCCGAGCUUAGCCAGAUAAAGGGCUGGAGGGUCCCCGUUAGUACGGGGAACAGGAGGUAUGAGAGGGUCACUGACGACAACGAUGAAGACGAUGCAGCAGACGAGAGGAAGGAGAGCGGCUGUGUUGCCCAGUAUCAGAGCACCACCCUCCGUGUCCUCACACACUUUGUGGCAGAUACGGGAGAAGUUAGAGGAGACCAGGACGGCCUGGGCCAGCAGAACUUCCUGCUGGGUAGUGACUGGCAGGUGGAGGUGACACAACUGGUCAAGGACUUUCUGAGGGUGGAGGUCCCGAAGGUUGCACAACUGCUGGAGGGCCAAGUUCUCAUAGGAGUGGGCGCUGGAAUCACCAAACUACAGGUGCUCUCCCCUCUGACAUCAUCGGUCCUGGCUGAGAGGAGCAUCAGGGUUCUAGAUGAUAAAGUGAGCGUGACAGAGCUGGGCGUGCAGUUGGUCUCUGGACUCUCUCUGUCCCUGCAGCUCAGCCCGGGCAGCAACAGGGCCAUCGUCGCCACUGCAACCACGCAGGAAGUCAUUGAAUCACUCAAUCAGGAGUCGCUUAUCAGCGCUUGGCUCCAGUUCAGUGAUGGAUCCAUGACUGCUCUAGACAACUACAACCCUGCCCAUUUUACCCUGACAGCCACCUCUUUGGAUGAACAGCUGGUGGCGGUGCAGCGCAGUGCAGCAUGGAAAUGGCCAAUCAUUGUUGCCAAGGGGGAGGGUCAGGGUUUGCUUGUGCGUGUUGAAAUGAGCCCAUCAGAGGUGUGCCAGAAGGGAAAACGACGCACUAUCUUAGCCACUGGAAUGGCAAACAUACAGACAAGAUUUGGUCAGCCAGGCGAGCAAUACAGACAACCAGGAGACCGGCGAACACGUCCUGAUCCUCCAUAUUAUGGCGGUUCUAUCGCUGACGUGGAAACUGGGCUAAUCAAUCGUGGAGCCACUACAAUCAGGGGCCAUGUCCCAGUGAGACCUAAUGGAGGCCGUCUAUCAGCCGAGAGCGGGGCCAGGGUCCCGAAUGAAUUCUCUGAAUAUCCAGACCAGGCAGAGCUGCCUCGUAGCCGCAGCACUGAUGACGACCUGUUACCAUCCCGACGAGGCCUGACAGACCUGGAGAUUGGUAUGUACGCCCUGCUGGGAGUCUUCUGCCUGGCCAUCCUGGUUUUUCUCAUUAACUGCAUCUCUUAUGCAUACAAGUACCGUAGCAAGCAGCUGUCCCUGGAGGCCCCAGAGGCAAUGCCCCAUGCCCACGACUGGGUUUGGCUGGGCCAAGACGAGGGGCUAUGUCUGCAGCAACAGCAGCAGGAAGAGCUGAGCGGUGCUCUAGAGGAGGGUAGUCAGUUACUGAACGGGGGCAUUCAGCGUGGAAAUAUUGGUGUUGGAGGCUGUAGUUCGAGUGGGAGGGAUCACAGGAACGAGUCCCUUAACUCACCCACCACCAAGAGAAAGAGGGUGAAGUUCACCACCUUUUCCAACAUCAAGUCCAGUAAUGGAUGUCCUGUGCUCAGCCCAUUAGCACUUGUGCAGACCAGUGAGAUAAAAUGGGUAUGUCCGGACAUCGAGCUUGGGGACUCACAGGAUCUUCGGAACUACAUGGAAAAGCUUAAUGAGAAUGCAAUUAAGAACACUGCGUAGGAGGUGCUGGGUGUUUUCAAUGAACUAAAGAAAAACUCACCUGAAUGCCUUCAGAAUAAGGAGGGAAUGAGGGUUGGAGGGUGAAAGGAAAAAAGGGGUGCAGAAAAGAGACUGGGACUGCUGAUGAACUGCUUCUAGUCAUAGCAACAGGAAUAGUCCGUUCAGCUUCUGUUAUGUCCAUUACUCAGAGUGUUAGGCAACGGAACACAAUAAGACGUGAUUUGCCACAACACCACAGCAUAGUUAUGAGGGGGAAAAUGUGAUCUUGAUAUUGUUGCUUAAUGUAUGUUGUUUGUCUUUACUUGAGGUUCAGUUUCCUUUUCAAUGCGCCAUCUACUUUGUUUUACGUUUUCUUUAUUAAUUCAUCCAUUUUUGUUGUUGUAUUUGUUGUACUUUUUUGCGCUUUGUUGCUUUUUAUAAGAGUUGCCGUAUGCUCUGUACCACAUGUCAGCAAAAAUAGAUUCUAGGGGAGAAGAGAAAAGCAAUUUUGUAUUGUUGUAUUGUUUGAUUUGGAGGUAUUAUAUGUAUAGUAACAUUUUGUAAAGUGCUGUUUGGUUUCGGUUUAGUUUAGUUUGUAGCUUAGUUUUCGUUUUGUCUUCAGAAACCAGAUCCAAGCAUGAUGUUAUUAAGAGGACUCAUGUGUGUCUGAUCUGGUACCUGAAAUGACAGUAUGUAGAUAACUAAUACCAAUACCUCUGGAGACAUGUCUGUUUAAUAUUAUUGCAUUCAUUCAUCCUGGACCAGAGUUGGUUUCAGUAUGUUGAUAUUGAUUGAAGAAUUUCCGUUAGCCCGUACACCUUAACCCUGCUUAUGUUAUUGUUAUUUUUCAUGGAGCGCCCUUUUAUUCAGUCGCGUACUUGACAUGACGCAGACUUUUUACACUAAUUCAAAUCCUAAUAUUGCAAAUCAAAAAAAGGCAGAAGUCACAUUCAACAGAAAAACACUGAUCACCAUCAACAGACAAUCACAUGAACAAUGUAUGGGUCAAUCCCCUUCAUUUAUAAUGUUCCAUAAAAUCAGUCCACUUUAUAGUUCGUAAGGUCUAGGUGGAGAUCUGUACACAUAGUUAAUUUCUUAAACUUCUGUAUGUGACAUUUUGGAUACCAGUAAAAGCGCCAUGACAGUGAGUGACAAACUGUGAAGUGAAAGUCUGACCUCUUCACUCUUUUGACUUAAUAUGUCGGUAUUGGUCAAGUCCAUCCUUUUCUAUCUCUGUUUUAAAAUUGGCUGCUGGACUAAUUAAAACUGGAGGUGACUCUUCUCCAUCAUGCUGCUGUGUGAGUCAUUGGUCUGGCUGUUGAAUUCUUCUCUUGGUCGCCUUCGAAUGUCUUAUGCGGCGUUCAGUCGUACUCCGCCCUCUUGUGUCACUUCUGUUUGCAAAAAAAUAUGACAAUUAUGACAAUUUCACAAAAAAUGUCUAGCUAGGUAAAAUUGUGAAGUGAUGACACUUUGGACAGACAUGGAUGUAAACGGCAACAUGUCUGCUUGGCAGAGGCAUACAACUGCAAGGCGGUAAUGCCAGUUUUAAAAAUGAUGGAUUCUGGGAAUGACUCAUUGGGUUGUUGCACCCCACACUGUGAUUAGAUAAAAAGCGAAAGGCGAAAGAAACUGUCAUAAUACGAAAGAUCAACAAAGUGUGUAUUUAAUUACGAGAAACUAUUAAAAGCACAAACAACCUUAAAGGUUGUCAUGUCAGAUUCCAUCAGUGGAGGCAAAGAGGCAGUGAAUGGCUGAUAUGUGUAAGAAGUCAAAAUGAUAGCUGUUCAAAAAGAAAUGCUGUUUUCAGAAGAGGAAAGAACAAAGUAUAAUAAAUGUCAUCACCAUCAUUAAGCGCUAUAUAAUAAUACACGAGUAACAGUUUUGUAUCAGAAGCAACUGUUAAAAAGGUUCCAGGCAUGUUCUCCAGAGCCCUAAAAAGUCGUUUUUCCACAGGAUCACAGACGCGCUCCCCUUUCUAAAAGGGCAAUCUAAUUAGAGAUUACUUAGUUCAGUCUUAUUACAUGUUAAUGUGGCAUUUCCUGUGCAAUUUGUCUUGCACACUUACGGUAGCUCACCUAUGAAUCUACUCAGAUAUAAUUUGCACCCUAAUUAAAGCAAAGCCAGCGACUGCAUUGGAGAUGUGCCCAGGUUACCGGGAAAGUCUAACGCCCACACUGCCUACCUCUACCUUUGUGAGACAGCUGGAAAGUUGUUUUUUUCCACUCGAUCCAAGUUAUUUAAUAUGGAGUACCUUUCCCACACAGGGUUCCGAUCCAAUACUUCUAUUGUCCUGGAUAAUACAGCUGUACACACUUCAGGUACAUUAAAGUUAUUUAAACCAAUCCAAUGUAUAUGCUUGGCAAUAGUUCUGCAUUGCAUUAAGAAAAAAUUGUCUGUCUGUGCUGGAUACGUGGAAACACCACGCACCAUGGUUGACAGCCAAACAAUAUAGAUGCCGAGAUUUAAAGCAGGAGA